GCGUAAGGCACAGCUAUCAAAACCACUCUUCUUCAGUGAGCAUACGGUCCAGAAGUACAGCACUGGACUAUAUUAACUUGCAAAGGUUUUCAUAAACUAUCCUGGAUGGAGGGAUCUGUGUAUUUACAUAAUACAAGUGUGAUGUGCUUGCCCUAUCCUAGAUUCUUGGUAGAGAGGCCUGACGCAACAGCCAGACCAGCAGACAAGAUGGCAGAGAUGCAGAUAGAUCCAGACCUGGCCAAGAGACUGUUUUUUGAAGGUGCCACAGUUGUCAUUUUGAAUAUGCCUGAGGGGACAGAGUUUGGCAUUGAUUACAACACUUGGCAUGUGGGCCCCAGGUUCCGUGGAGUCAAGAUGAUUCCUCCAGGCAUCCAUUUCUUCCACUAUAGCUCUGUCAACCGGUGCAACACUAAAGAAACAGGCCCCCGUACUGGCUUCUUCUUAAGCCUGCACCAGCGAGAUUUGCGGGUUCUGCACUGGAACUCAUCCAAUGAGGAGGUGGACCUCACCCCAGCAUCUGAAGAAGAUAUUGAAAUAAUGAGGUCAAAUCUUCAGGAGAUGGACAAGUUUCUUGGACCAUACCCAUAUGAGAGCCUCAAGAAAUGGAUCUCUCUCACUAACUUCAUCAGUGAACCAGUGAUGAAGAAGCUUCAGCCAGAGAGUGGACAGAUCUGUGCCUUUUCAGAAGUUCUGCCAGUUCUAGCUGGGAAGCACACCAAAGACCGAGCUGAACAGAACCUGCCCCGAUAUGACACAGAAUGUAAGAGCUAUGCAGAAGGCCUGGCCCGACUGCCCAAAAUGAAGCUGAAAGCUGGCACUGAGAUCCGGUUCACAGAAAUGCCAAAGCAGAUGUACCCUGAUGGUGCUACUCCUGAGGAAAUAACUAGGCAUAGCAUGGACCUUAGCUAUGCUCUGGAAACAGUGAUUAACAAGCAGUGUUCCAGCCAACCCCAAGAUGUGCUUGCCGAGCUGCAGUUUGCUUUCAUCUGUUUCCUGAUUGGGAAUGUGUAUGAUGCAUUUGAGCAUUGGAAAAAACUUCUGAAUGUCUUGUGCAGAUCAGAGAAUGCCAUAGGGAAGCAUCGUGUCCUCUACACCAACCUCAUUUCUGUCCUGUACCACCAGCUCAAUGAAAUCCCAGCUGAUUUCUUUGUAGACAUAGUCUCCCAGGACAACUUUUUAACCAGCACCUUGCAGGUGUUUUUUUCCUACGCCUGCAGCACCACGGUUGACAGGACGCUGAGGAAAAAGGCAGAAAAGUUUAAAGCCCACCUAACUAAGAAAUUCAAAUGGGACUUUGAGACUGAGCCAGAUGACUGUGCCCCAGUGGUAGUGGAGCUGCCAGAAGGACUGCUGUUGGACUGAAUGAAAUGUUCUCUUGGAACUUAGCAUCUGGUUUUUGUAUCUUAUUUUUCUUCCCCUCUCCCCAAAUUUGCCGGCUUUCUGAAUUCUGUAGCUUAUUGUGUGAAAUGAACUUGGUGAUCCCCAGUUGAUUCCUGUUCCUGCUAUAGAAGCAGGACUGGGAAGCCCAGAAACAUUAUAUAUUCCGCCUCCAGGCCAGAGCUCUUUCAGGCAUCAUUCUAGGAUCCAUUGGGACAGAGUAUACCCACAUCCAGGAUCACUGAGCACUCAGCAACUCGUAUUUCCUUAGCUCUUCUGCAGUUCCCGGACAUAACUCCCUGUUGGAUGGUUUUAACCAUUUUUUGCUGAGGAAGCCCCCCUGUGAAAUCAUCUGCCUUGUGGAGCCUGGACUCCAGCUUGAUACCUUUAUAAUUAGGAGGUAGGUUGCCCUGCCUUGUGGUCACUACAUCCUACAGCCUGUACCCAUAUUACAAAUUUAGAAAUUCCACUCAGCUCAUUUGCAUUCAUGCCUAUGGGCAUCUAACUGAAACAGUUCAGAAAUGUUGUGUCAGAUUAUUAUGCUCUUGGCCGGGGUGGACAAUAAUUUUUGAUUGGGGAGUACUCAAGAAUUUGGAAAGUGGUCGAGGGCCACACUCUUCCAUGGAUUAAUACCAUGGAGGAGGUGUGGGGUCUGGGAUGGAAGUUAGGUGCAAAGGGGAACUUGGUUAAGGGAUUAGGACGCAGGAGGGAGUGUGGGUCUGGGAGGGUGUUUGGGUGAAGAAGGAAGUUGUUACUUGGGGCACUGGACUGGGGUGCAGGGGUUUGGAUUGUGAGCUAGGGCAGGAGGGAAUUGUGAUCUGGGGCAAGGGAUUUGAGUGUGAGAGGGGGCAGAGCUUUGGCAAAGGGAGGGGCUGCAGUGCCAGACACAGGCUUUGGCCAGGAGACUUACUAGUCAGCAGCCCAGCAGUUCCUCAGGCAGACAGGCUGCAGCCACGUGCUUUGUGAAUAACUAGCUCUAGAGGGGCGGGAGCAUGGUGCUUCAUGGCUGUUUGAAGGCAGCUACCAUUGGCCAGUUUCUGGCCAGAAACUGGCCAAUGGGAUUGUGCCAGGGGCAGGAGCAGCACUUGAAGACUUCCCCCUCCCCUCUGGGCUCAAGCUUUUAAAGAAAAACUGCCCUGCAGCCAUGUUUCUGAGCAGCAUCUGGGUGGGCCAAGGCAAGCAAGGAGCCUGCCUGAGGCUUUCCGUAGCGUCCACGAGCUGGAUCCAGUGGCUCCGCAAGUCACUUUUGCCAUUGCAUGCUGUGAUGGAAAAAUAUAUCCUGUACUAAAUCCUCCUGUUCCGUGACCCUGACACUAAAAUAACCAGAUUGGAAGAGUAGGGUAACACGUUUACAUAGACACUGGCAACACUGUAAUUGCAGUGACAGAGAGGCGGAAUCUGCUUAGCCUGGUGUAAGAAUCAGAACAGUCCGGGAAUCAGAAAUGGAAUUUUUGGGCAGUAGUCACCAGAUUUUCAAAACAAAAAGCCAGCCAUGAGAUACCAGGGCAGAAUUUUUAACUGACUGUCAUGGUUUGUCAGAUCUCUAGAACUCUUACUGUAAUUGUUCUUUGCUUUACACUGGUCAUCUCUCAUUAAUAAUCUUGUGAGGCUCUGGUGUUCUUUCAGAGCAAUGAACAUGCUAUAAAAAUAAUUUACAAUUUGUAGCUGAAUUCCUAUUGUUGUUAUCCUGUAAGUCUUAUUCCAUGUAAGACGAUGAGUUUUUGUUUCAGUUUUUUAAACAAGAAUCCCUACUGUUGUAGGGAUCAGGCCGUUUUUCAACUCGCUUGUUUCUUUCUAGACAGAUUCCUUCAGGAAUUUGUUGUAUUGUCUAACACAACACAGUAACCUACCUAUGAAUCUUUAACAAAAGUAAUUCAGAAUAAAUCUUCCUAUAAAAAUA